AUGUCCUGCUCUCUCUACUCCACCUCCAACCAGCAGAAGUUCAUCAAGAAGCUUCAGGCUGAGAAAGGCUUUCAGGAGGAAAUUCAGAGCUUUCAGGAGACAAUGAAGGGAUUUCUGGAGGAGAUCAAGGGCUUUUGGAAAAAACCUAGAGAUUUCAAGAUGGCCAUCCAAGCUUUCUGGGAAGAGGAAAAGCCCAUCUGGGAGGAAGAAGCUGUCUUUUGGAAGAAAGAAAAGGCUAUUCAGGUGGAAGCAGAGGCCUUCUGGAGGGUAUAAUGUGACUUCUGGAAGGACUAUAAUGCUUUCUGGAAAGAAGAUGAGGAUUUCUGGAAAGACAAGCUCCUCUGGGAGAAAGACAGCAUCCUUCUGGAUGAGGACAGAGUCCUGUGGACAGAAGAAGAAGCUCUGUGAGCAGAUGAAGCAGCUCUCCUGGAAGAGGAGAAAGCUCUCUGGGAAGAUGAGGAGGCCCUCCAGGAAGGUGAAAAAACCUCAAGGAGUAUGAAAUGUUGA